AUGGCUAUCCUAUCGAUGGUGCCGCCGCUGCUGCUCGCGCUGGCAUCAUGGACCACGCCGGUGGUCUGCCAGAGCGCCGCCGACUACUUCGUUCACGAUCUGCCCGGCGCACCCAAAGAACCCUUUAUCAAGAUGCACGCAGGCCACGUCGAAGUCACCCCCGAACACAACGGAAACCUCUUCUUCUGGCAUUUCCAGAACCAGCACAUCGCCAACAGGCAACGCACCGUCAUCUGGCUCAAUGGCGGUCCCGGCUGCAGUUCCGAAGAUGGCGCCUUGAUGGAGAUCGGUCCCUACAGAGUCCAGGAUAAGGAUCACUUGACGUACAACAAUGGUUCCUGGAACGAGUUCGCCAACUUGCUGUUCGUCGACAACCCGGUCGGUACCGGUUUCAGUUACGUCGACACCAACUCCUACUUGCACGAGCUUCCCGAAAUGGCCGAGCAGUUCGUCAAGUUUCUCGAGAAGUGGUUCGCCAUGUUCCCCGAGUACGAGCACGACGACAUUUACAUCGCGGGCGAAUCCUACGCUGGUCAGCACAUCCCUUACAUCGCGAAGCAAAUGCUGGAGAGAAACAAGAAGCCCGGAACCAAGAACAUCUGGAACCUGAAGGGUCUGCUUCUCGGAAACGCUUGGAUUUCUCCCAAGGAGCAGUACGACGCGUAUCUCAAGUUUGCCUACGAACGGAACCUCAUUGAGAAGGGAUCCCCUGUUGCUUUGAAGCUCGAGCAGCAGUGGCGCAUCUGCCGAACCUCCCUCGCUGUGGAGCACACCGUCGAUUUCUCCGAGUGCGAAACCGUCCUGCAGGAUUUGCUCGCCGAGACGGCCAAGGUGAAUGCCAAGGGCGAGCGCGACUGCAUCAACAUGUACGACAUCCGCCUGAAGGACACCUACCCUUCGUGCGGUAUGAACUGGCCUCCCGACUUGGUCAACGUUACUCCUUACCUCAGAAGGGCCGACGUCGUCAACGCGCUCCACAUCAACCCUCAGAAGAACACUGGCUGGAAGGAAUGCAACGGUGCGGUUGGUGCCGCUUUCCGGGCCAAGAACUCGGCGCCCUCAAGAGACUUCUUGCCUGACCUCCUCAAGGAGGUCCCCGUUGUGCUUUUCUCUGGCGCCGAGGAUCUCAUCUGCAACCACAUCGGUACUGAGCAAAUGAUCGGCGACAUGGAGUGGAACGGAGGCAAGGGUUUCGAGGUUUCUCCCGGCAACUGGGCUCCGCGUCGCGACUGGACCGUCGAGGGCGAGCCCGCUGGUUUCUGGCAAGAGGCGCGCAACCUCACCUACAUCCUCUUUUACAACUCCUCCCACAUGGUCCCCUUCGACUACGCCCGCCGCUCCCGCGACAUGCUUGACCGCUUCAUGAAGGUUGAUAUCAGCUCUGUCGGCGGAACCCCGACGGACUCCCGACUCGACGGCGAGACCGGCCCCGCCACGUCUGUCGGCGGCAUCGGCAAUGGCACCACCACGGACGAGGAGACCCAAAAGAAGCUGGACGAGGCCAAGUGGAAGGCGUACUACCGCUCUGGUGAGAUUGUCCUGGUAAUUGUUGUCAUUGCCGCUAGUGUUUGGGGAUGGUACAUUUGGCGCGAGCGCCGUAAGCGCAGGGGCUACCAGGGACUCAUGGGCGGCCCGCCGGCGACGACGCAGAGAUCUGGCGGGCGGGGCCUGGAGGGUUUCCGUGACAGGCGAAACGGCGGCCGCGACGUUGAGACGGGCGACUUUGACGAGAGCGAGCUGGACGAUCUGCACGUCGCGACCCCGACGACAGAAAUGGACAAGGACCGGUACAGCGUCGGAGGGGACAGCGACGACGAGCCCCAGGAGAAGAAGCCCUCAGGGGCGGCAAACGGCAGCCGCUCAACAAGGUGA